UAUUAAUAACAAAUACUAAGUAAAAUCACUCAGACUAUGAUUUAGGCUAUAAUAUUGCUGUAAUUUUUAUGUGUUUCAAUCCUCUAUAUUAAAAGUAUAUAUUAAAUGAAAUAUAAUAAAACAAAUAUUUGAUCCAUGAUGAUUUUAUGGUUGAAUUCUGAUUGAUAGAUAUAUGUGACAAUUACUGUUGGACUUGAAGAUUGGAUGUAACGCGGUAGGAAACGCGACUGAUCUGUUGUCAGUAGAAAUUAACUGUAUGGAUAUUACCGGGAAAACAAUUGUUUUUUGAAGAAUGGAGUCACCACCUGACCUGGAAACUGUUUACCAGGCUGUAUAUUCUUUGUAUAAUAAUUCAAAUCCUUCAGGACCAGGAAAAACAUCUCAAUGGUUGGACGAAUUACAAAAAUCGGUAUUUGCAUGGAAGAUAGCAGAUGAAAUGCUGCAGCAAAAACGGGAUGUUCAGUCCUGUUAUUUUGCUGCACAAACAAUGCGUACUAAAAUACAAUUGUGCUUUCAAGAAUUACCUGCAGAAGCUCACAUUUCUUUAAGAGAUUCUUUAAUGAACCACAUAUCCCAAAUUAAUGAACAUACCAAUUCUGCUAUUGUUACACAGUUAUGUCUAGCAUUAGCAGAUCUUGCAUUACAAAUGUCUACCUGGCAAAAACCAGUUGUUGAUUUAAUUAAUAGAUUUAGUGGAUCAACUACAAGUUUAUGGCCAUUACUUGAGGUGAUGACAGUAUUGCCAGAGGAAGUAAAUUCAAGAUCUCUUAGAUUAGGAGCAAAUCGUAGACAACAUAUAUUACUUGAACUCAAUGCAAGUGCAGAUACAGUAACUGAAUUUUUGAAAUUAUGUCUAAAAAAUGGUGGAGACAAUGUACAAAUACGUAUAACAAUUCUUAGAUGUUUUACAAGUUGGAUUGCAGUACAUGCUAUACCUCUUGUACCCACAAGCGAUGUCAUUGUAUAUACUCUUCAAAUACUUGGAAAUCAUAUAACUGGUUCUCCGUUACACGAGGCAGCUGCAGAUUGCAUAUGUGUAAUUCUGCAAGUUUUAGAGGAAGACAAUAGUAAAAGUCGGGAUAAUAAGGAUAGUAAUGUAAAUCAGGAGUUAGAUAUACAAUUACAGCAAUUACAGCUCUUCCUUUUCACUAGUGUAAUGACCUUAGAACAACCAUACCAUUUAUCUGUUGCACAUGAAGAUAUGGACAAAUCGAUAAAUUAUUGCCGUAUUUUUACGGAAUUAGCUGAAACUUUCCUGGAAACUAUGGUAAAUGGCUGUGCAGGAGGAAAACAACAUUAUGCUAUUAAAAUCCUUGACCUUGUUCUAGUUUGUGUUGGACACCACGACUACGAAGUGGCACAAAUAACUUUUAAUCUGUGGUAUCGUUUAUCUGAAAUUCUAUAUCAAAAAAAUAGCGAUGACCUUAACGCUGUAUUUCGACCUCAUAUUCAGAGAUUAAUUGGAGCAUUAUGUAGGCAUUGUCAAAUGGAACCAGAUCAUUUGGGUCUAGUAGAAGAGGGUGCCGGUGGAGAAGAAUUUGCAGAUUUUAGAAAUCGCGUGUCGGAACUGAUAAAGGAUGUAGUAUUUGUAGUUGGAAGUAGUCAUUGUUUCCGGCAAAUGUUUGCUUCUUUAACGGGUGGUCCAGGACCCCAGGGUCAACCUAAUCAUAUACCUACAUGGGAUUCAACCGAGGCGGCAUUGUUUGUAAUGCAAGCUGUUGCAAAAAAUAUUUUACCAAAAGAAAACGACGUAGUUCCAAAAGUAGUAGAGGCUAUUUUAAAUUUACCGGAAAAUACUCACAUAGCUGUUCGUCAUACAAGUAUUCUUCUAUUAGGAGAACUUUGUGAAUGGAUAAAUAGUCAUCCUCAAUCGCUAGAACCUGUUUUAAAUUUUCUCUUGACUUGCCUAAGUCAGAAGGGUUUAGGAAGUGCUGCUUGUGGAGCAUUGCUAAGUAUUUGUACAGCUUGUCCAUUACAUAUGGCAUCACACUUCCCGGGGCUGUUACAAAUUGCACGGUCUCUUGAUAAUUUCGCUAUUAGUAAUGAGGCAGCUAUUGGAUUACUUAAAGGAGUUGCAAUCAUCAUGUCUAGUUUGCCGCGCGAAGAGCUUACUCAAGCUAUGAAGGAGUUGUGCUGGUUCCAAGCAAGACCGUUAUGUGAAAUUAUGGAACGUAGAAUUCAGAUCGAAAUAGGAACAAAGACUGAUCCUGUGAUAUGGUUAGAUAGAUUAGCUGCUAUAUUUAGGCACACUGAUCCUCAAAUUGAAAAUCCUAAUGAACCUCACCCUUGCCAAAGUGCUGUAACUGAAAUGUGGCCCAUAUUAUCGAACGUAUGCACAACAUAUCAACAUGACGCAAAAUUGAUGGAAAGGUGCUGCCGUUGUUUAAGAUUCGCUGUUCGUUGUGUAGGAAAACAUUCCGCCCAUCUACUUGAGCCACUCGUCAAACAGAUCGUGCAAUUAUAUGCAGCUCAUCAACAUAGUUGUUUUUUAUAUCUUGGUUCAAUAUUAGUUGACGAAUAUGCGAUAGAUACAGAAUGUGUCUCAGGUUUAUUAAGAAUGGUGGAGGCAUUUAUUGGACCUACUUUCAAUAUCCUUCAACAGCAGGAUGGGUUAAAAAAUCAUCCUGAUACAGUAGACGAUCUGUUUAGAUUAUGUGCAAGGUUCCUUCAAAGGGCUCCCAUACCCUUUUUACAUUCAGUUGUGAUAGAAAGUAUAAUUGACUGUGCCUUGAUGGCUUGUAGCUUAGACCAUAGAGACGCAAAUGUCUCAGUAAUGAAAUUCUUUUACGACCUUUUACAUUGUGGUCGUAAUUAUGAGAAUCGAGCGGAUUAUCCAAUACGAAGAGAAUUGGUCCAAAACAUAUUAAAAGAAAAAGGACAAACACUUGUCGUGAGAUUACUUCAUGCGUCUGUGUUUUCACUAUCAUCCUACAUGUUAUCUGACGUAGCAGAUGUUUUUGUUGAACUUUCUCUAAGUAACAGAGAAUUACUAUCGAAAUGGUUAGAAGAAGCCAUCAAAACGAUGCCAUCACAAAACGCAGGUGGUUCUCCUACAGCACAACCCGAACAGCUCUUUGAAUUUCAUAAUACGGUGACGAGGGCAGAGAGUGCAAAAUCCGUGAACCAUGCCUUACGUACUUUUGCCCGUUUGUAUCGUUGAUGCAUUUCGAUGUAAAAUUAAGGUGAAGAAUGUCAAAAUUAUAGAUAGCAAAGAUCUUCCAAAAUCCUUCAUAUAUGCAAUAUGUUUGGGGAUAUCAAAAAUCAAGAUUAUUAUGAAGUGGUGAGUCAAUGCUGUGUAAAUGUAAUAGAAAAAAUUUUUAAUACUUUGUACUUGUUUACUAUCUACACAUUCCUUCACAAAGUAUGUCAAAAUAAUCAAAUUCAGCUAACUUUCUUAUAAGAUAUAUUUAAUAAUUUUUUUUUUUUUUUAGCACAAGCAUUUUUUCAUAUAAAAGUAUUAAACAUAAAACUUCUUUAUAUACCACUCUUUAGUUGUUUUCUGUUAUAGGCAUAGUUUUGUUCCGUUUGUUUCCUGUAUUCCUUGACUAUACAAUAUUAAUGCAAAAUAAUACCCGGAUUAUCUAUUAUAUGUGUAGUAGGUAUGUAUCUAGUCAGCUAUUUACAAUAAUUUAACACUAUACAUGCUUUGUAGAUAACGUGUAGGUAGUAAACAUUAAAAUGUCAGAUCGAUUGUAUAAUUUCUGCUUUCCAUCUUAUUUACGUAGAUAAGAUUACAAUCGAAUUAAAUUAUUUCAAAAUAUGAAAGUGUAUCCUAUUCACUUUUUAAAUUCAUUAAUAUUAUUUCAUAACUAUGUUCUCAAUGUCGGUUGUUCUGUUGAAAAAUAUUUCUGGUUAUGCAUAUUUUAUCUUAAAUGACUAAUAAUAUGGAGAGCAAAGAAAUUUGCGAAACAAAACACCUAAAUGAAGUGUAAAUCUAUACAAUUCUGAAUGGGUAAUACACAUAAUACAAAUCAGUUGUGUAUACAUAUUAAAAAGAAUGAAACAUAUGCAUGAAUUUUAUUGGAUAAUAUGUACAAUUAAUUCACACUUCUGUAUCUUUUUCACAUGUCUCACAAAAUAUAAUUUUAUAUAUAUUUAGAUCAUA